AUGACAGAUACCUCCUCACUCGCCAUCACGCACGCCACAACGGAUUCCUAUCCGGUCCACGCCCAUCGCGGCUCCUCUGCCGCCGUCGACGCCGCCUCUGACUCCGGCGCACCCGAUGAAGAACCUUACACCAUCAAAUGCAUUUGCUCGUUCGAUGAAGAUGAUGGCAACACGGUCUUCUGCGAAGGGUGCGAGACAUGGCAGCAUAUCCUCUGCUACUAUCCAGACAAAAAAGUACCAGAUGUGCACAACUGUGUCGACUGCGAGCCACGGCCCCUUGACAACCGUCGCGCCAACGAACGACAGCGGGUGCGGCGGAUGCGGGAGAAAAGCGAGGACGGUGACCGGAAAUCAAGACGAUCUGGCCCCAAAACACAAAAGAGGAAGUCCAAUGAUGCCGAUGUGAAUACUUUUGGUCAUAGACGACACGAUUCGGGUUCUCGUGAGCAGCCACCGCCCAAGAAAGCAAGGGUGUCUCGCCGCCCUUCCGCUUCAAUAAGUGGUAUUUCGGUUCCACCGGGUCUGUCGACUGAAUCACGAACCCGUCGAUCCUCCACCUCUGUUGCGACGAGCCCAACAGGCAUCCCUGGCCCUCCUAUACCUCAUUAUUCCGACGAAUUUCUCUCUCUUUACGACCGUGAUGAUCUGUUUGUUGAAUCGAAGAGUAUACUCAAUUACGGCGUCGAUUUUGUCAAUGAAAUUGUCGCAUGGCUGAAGGACCCACAGAUCUUGGCGCGAGUUGCCGAUGGACUCAGUGUUGAAGACUUCGCCAAACGGUCCGAAGAGGCCAUGGAUCGGUCUCGCUGGCCCUCAUUGACAACGGAAACUAUCACAGACUCGACAAUUGAGAUCGGUGGUAGGCACCCAACUCACAAGAUCCUGAAAACACAGGAUCCAGUUCGAAAGGACGACAUUGUCGGUGAAAUAUUUGGCAAGCUAGGCCACGUCAAAGACUACAAAAAGCUCGACACCAACCGAUGGGAGGAAUUAGGGCACGCCAUGCCUUUCGUGUUCUUCAACCGGCAAUUGGACUUGUACAUCGACAGCCGUCAGGAAGGAAACGAGCUCCGCUAUGUCAGACGGUCAUGCGAUGCCAACGUUUGGUUAAAAAUAUACAUUACCAAUGGCCGACAGUACCAUUUCUGUUUCGUCGCUAAAAGAGACAUUCCACCCGGCUCCGAAAUUACUACCAUGUGGCAUUUCGACGAAUCUUUCUUUCCUUGCGACGCCACAGUAAAGGAGGAGUUCAAGGACAGGGUGGUAGAUCCGAAGGAUGCCGCUAUUUCCAUCAGCACGACGCUGGCCAACUUUGGUGGCUGUGCUUGUGGAAAUCCUCAAACUUGCGUCCUGAACAAACUUGAUCGUCGCGCCAAGCCCCCUGGGAACAAGCGCGUUAAGGCGAGACUGAAGGGCAAGGGCAAGAAGUCAAAAUCUCUCGGUCCUUCCGCUGAUACCGGUCGCGCCGGCAGCGAGACCAUGAAGCAUCCCGACGAGCAUGACCCCGCAGCCGACGCCCGAUCAACUUCUAGUUCCGCGCGUGGUCGACAUACUGGCAGUCGCGAUCUUAGCCCCACGGCCCAGCUAACACUGCCAGAGCUCUCCAGUCGCGAGAGACGCAAGAUAGCAGAUGCCGAAAAGCAAUUCCAACAGCUAGAGCAGCUUAGAACGGCCAAUCCCAAAAGAAAAAAACGUUCUAUUGGCCCUCAGUCACGAUCUACCCCUGCCACAGUCUCGAGCUCAACCCAAACUGAUGACGACUUCAAACCUUACCACGAGCCAGGCCCGCCUCGAUCCUCUGAAAUGACAGGACAACAAUCCCGGCGUCAGGUUGCUUAUGUCGACGCUCAAACUGAACUUUACGCCGAUGACGUUGAGCGCUCGUUCUUACACGCAGAACGUCUAAGGCGAGGAUACAAACUCGAUAUGAUUCACCCGUCAGUAAUGCUCAAGAUUCGGUGGUCUGCGGGACAUCACAUCGGGGAGGACUGGGCUCAGCGAAAUGCAUGGGAGGCUGGCGACCUCAGUGUCGUGCCGUCUGGGGUUCUUCCCUGGUGGUACGGGUGGUUCCCGCUCCCAAUCGACGACAGGCCUCAUAUCGAGUUGCUCAGGGAAGAUUCCGACAGAAUGGGAAUUCCUGCUGAUCAUGGACCCCUUGCGAUGCCCCCUCGGUGGUCUUUCCGCCAGUCCAAGUAUCAUCAGCCUGCAAUGAAAUAUCAUGGCAUUGUGAUUAGAGGAAUGCAUUACGACCCUCCGACGCGACUCAUCCCGGGUGACGUUGAUAGUCGGGGUGCUGCACUCUCUUACAAACCGGAGUCCUCUGCGUCUGGAUCUAGCAAUGAUCCACUCAAGUCACCAAUUCUGCCUUAUUGGCCAUCUAUUGCAGCGCAUAGCUUUAGGAUUCCUGGGGCUGCCGCUCGUGGCAGUCUGCAUGUUUUCAUGCCCCCACCAAAGGCUUCGAAUAUCCAGUCAGCGCUUAGUCCUAGUUCCAUGUCGCCAGGAAGUCUCGCAUCACCCAGUUCUCAUGACACAUCUUCCCCAAUUUCUCUCGCGCCAUCUGCUGGUUCUGCACUUGCAGCCACCCCUGCCAAGAAGAAACUCAGUCUUGGUGAUUAUCUGAUUCGACGUGGCACAAUGACGACCACCCCAACCUCGGAACCGGCUCCUGCCCCAGCUCCUGGCCCCCCUCCUGGCGAUCCUCGUCUACAAACCCAACAUUUCCUGGCCAUCACAACAGUGUUUGGUGAUAAUCAUAAACCUCCCCACAAAGCUGAAGGAGGCGACAAGAACGGGCCUGACCCUAUGGAUAUUUCUAUGGAGGACGCACCAGAGACAACACCCACCAACAACCCGUCUAUUUCUUCGUAA